AUGCAGUGCAUAAAAGAUAUCAGCCAAGAAGUCUGGCAGGACUGUAUCACCCUCUUUCUGCAAACUGGAGUGUGCAGUGAUGCAGCAAUCAUCACAAACGCCCCACCCUGGCUAUUAGCUUCCUAUCCUGCCGGCAAGUUGCAUCAAUUGACCCAGGAAGAAAUUCAGAUCCUGUUGGCAAAAGAUGAUAGAGAGAAGCUGUUUCUCCAGGGGAUUACCCUCAUGGGAACCAAAUGCUUAGUGAUCCGGGACAAUCUAUAUACUGAGGGAAACAAUUGCAUGGACCUGCGCACCAAAGGCCAGAGUUGGGGAAGCCAGGCAGUGACAGUGGUUCAGAUUGAAACUGUAUACCUUGUGGUAAUGGGACAAAAAGGAACAGAAGGAGGGCCUCUCAACCUCAAAGCUUUUGAGAUGGCAGGUUACAUCAAAGAAGCCAUUGAGCAACACAUGGCUCCCAUCUAA